AUGGAAAAAGCUAUUAGAGAGAACCCUAACAUGAAAGUCGUGGACAUUAGGGAUAAAGUCAGUAGGAAAUGGAAUGUUGGAAUCUCUAGAAAUAGGGCAAGUGCCAUGGCAAAAGAUAAUGUUGAUGGUUCAUUCAAGGAACAAUAUAGAAGAAUCCAUGAUUAUGGGCAUGAGCUUCUCAGGGCAAAUCCAAGCUCAACAGUCAAAAUAAAGGUUGAAAAUAGUAAUGGGGAGUGUAUCUUCAACAGAAUUUAUGUAUGCUUGAAAGCAUGCAAAGAUAGUUUCAUUAGUUGUAGACCCGUCAUUGGGUUGGAUGGAUGCUUUCUCAAAGGCAAGUAUGGAGGGGAAUUACUAACAACUGUGGGAAGAGAUGCAAAUGAACAAAUUUUGCCCAUUGCAUAUGCUGUUGUUGAGGUAGAAAACAAAGACUCAUGGACUUGGUUCUUGGACCUGCUCAUUGGGGAUCUUGGUGGGGAAGCUGGUCUGUUAACAGCCAUUGAUGCACUUCUACCUGGGGUAGAACAACGAUUUUGUGUUAGACAUAUGUACUCAAACUUUAGAAAGCAAUUUCCUGGAAAAGACCUUAAACGUUUGAUGUGGACAGCAGCAACAGCCACAUAUCCACAACUAUGGGAGGCUGAAAUGAUGAAAAUCAAAGACAUCAAUUUAGAAGCGUUUAAGUAUUUGAUUGCAAUUGCACCAAGAUAUUGGUCAAGAUCUAGAUUCACUUCUAGAUCACAAUGUGACACUCUUGUCAACAACAUGUGCGAGGGAUUCAACAGUGUGCUAGUUCACACUAGGACUAAACCAAUUAUCACCAUGUUGGAAGAGAUUAGGGUUUACAUCAUGAAGAGAUGGGCUAAGAACAAGACGAAGAUGACACUAUAUCAAGGUAGUGUGUGCCCUAAGGUUCUCAACAGAUUUCGAAAGCAAUCAUGGUUAAUCAGAUAUUGGUUACCAAGAUGGUCAUCAAAUCAGUUAUUUGAAAUCAUCCACAUUUCACAAUUUGGGGAGCAAUUUGUUGUCAACCUUGACAAGAAUGAAUGCAGUUGUAGAAAAUGGUUACUUACUGUUAUUACUUGCACUCAUGCCAUCACUGCAAUGAAGUUCUUGAAUGUAAAUGCAGAAGACUAUAUUGGUACUUACUAUAGGAAGUCUACGUAUGAAGAGACCUACAACUCCAUCGUCUACCCUAUCAAUGGUCAAGUUCUCUGGGAGAAAAUUUCAUAUCCAGAUGUCUUAACCCCAAAGAAGAGAACAAUGCCUAGCAGGCCCAAGCAAAAAAGAAGGCUAGAGAGUUGGGAGUUGAAGAAGAAUGAUACUCAAUUAAGAAAGGGUGUGAGCAAAAAAGCAUGUGCUGUUUGCAAACAACUUGGACACAACAAAAGAUCUUGUCCACAACGACUAUCAACAUCAGAUCUUCCAGCUGACCAAACUCCUGCUGAGCAACCUAUUGAGCAACCUAUUGAUCCAACACCACAAGUGACAGUACCUCCUGCUGAGCAACCUACUGAUCAACCUGCUGAAGAAUGA